AACAGCAAGUGUGGGCAGCGAGUUUACAGCUAGCACGGAUGCUAACCGCGCACACCACCGAGCCGACACUGAGACGGGAGCUGUCAGUUUUCAAUAAAAAUUGUAUUUUUUAUUAAGGAGGUAAAGAAUGUGGUCGUACUGGUCAAAACUUCAGAAAAUUGCGAAACGGGGGCGACGUUGUUGGCACUGCUAGCUAACGUUAGCUGGCUGGCUAACGCUAAACCCGUCCAGGCUGGAUGGCGGCGUUGAGGAGGAUGGAGACUGCAGAGCAAGGAGACUAAAAUGGGAGCCGGAGCUUCAGUAUCACUCUGUCAAACUGCGUCAUCAGUGAGGGUGCUGAAGCACAGCGCUCGUGUAGAACCAGAGUCAAGGAUCCCAGAGCCAGACCCCGGGGCAGUAUUUGGGGUACCACUGUCAAGACUGAGGGAUGCUGGAAAGCUGCAGCAUGGUGUACCCCUGGUGGUCAAAACCAUGGUGGAGUUCCUGGAAAAGUAUGGUCUCCAGCAGAGCGGUGUGUUCAGAGUGUGUGGGUCGGCACCGCGCUGCAGGACGUUGCGCGUGUGUUUGGACCGUGGGGAGCGUAUGGAUCUGGAGAGGGGAGAUGUUCCGAUUGUGGCCUCUCUGCUCAAACUGUACCUGAGGGAACUGCCCUGUGGACUCAUUCCGAACACGCACAGCAAACGCAUGCAGCAGGCACUCAUGGACUCUACAGACGGGACAGAGCUGUCUGAGGCGCUGAAGCAAAUCCUGACCCGUCUCCCUGACGACAAUUACAACAUCCUGUCCUACCUCCUGCACUUCCUGUCCCGAGUGGCCGCCCACAGCCAGUGGAAUCACAUGACUUCGGAGAACCUGGCCACAGUGUUUGGGCCUUGCAUUUUCCGUGUCCCUGAGGGUCCCAGGAUGCUGGAGGAACAGACAGUGUGCAACACCCUCACACUGUACCUUCUGGAGAAGCAUUCACACCUGAUCCCAGACACACACACUCACACACACAGCGGGGACUUCGCACUGCCCCUCCCUCUGCUCGCUGAUAUGACACAGAUACAGGAGGAGCAGUCUUGUAAUCAGGGCACCAUGUGUGGCAUUAGUGUGGAAGAAACCAAAGAUAUGAGGGCCCACCAGCUGACCGCAGCAGAGACGCAACCACUGUCCAGCAGUGGAGUGGAGAAAGAAAGUGAGGCAAAAAAAGAAGAGAAAGAAGAAGGAAUACACCCCAAACAAGAAUCCUGCAUCCUUGAGGAAGAUCAGUCCUGCUUCGCUUGCUCAGAUACGAGCCCAUCUCUGCUGCAGCGCGCUGUGGAGCCCCCGUCCCCAAACAACAACAACAACAACGUUCACUUAUAUACACACCCGGGUAGCAACAAAGACACUGAGAGUAAUAACACUCACUCAGAGACCCGCAACAAAACACACUCCAAGAGCAGAAAGACGCACAGCGGACACACACACACUCCAAACAGCGCACACGUUACAACCAUCACACCCUUUAAACCCAGGAACACACACUCUCACAGCUCUGAGUCCAGCCACACACUCUCUGAGAGCAGCAUCUUACAUCCACAGAGUAACCACACACACUCUGAGUCCAGCCACACACUCUCUGAGGCCAGCCACACACUCUCUGAGAGCAGCAUCUCACAUCCACAGAGUAACCACACACACUCUGAGUCCAGCCACACACUCUCUGAGAACAGCAUCUCACAUCCACAGAGUAACCACACACACUCUGAGUCCAGCCACACACUCUCUGAGAGCAGCAUCUCACAUCCACAGAGUAACCACACACACUCUGAUUCCAGCCACACACUCUCUGAGAACAGCAUCUCACAUCCACAGAGUAACCACACACACCCUGAGUCCAGCCACACACUCUCUGAGAACAGCAUCUCACAUCCACAGAGUAACCACACACACCCUGAGUCCAGCCACACACUCUCUGAGAACAGCAUCUCACACACACAGAGCAACCACACACACUCUGAGUCCAGCCACACACUCUCUGAGAGCAGCAUCUCACACACACAGAGCAACCACACACACUCUGAGUCCAGCCACACACUCUCUGAGAACAGCAUCUCACACACACAGAGCAACCACACACUUUCUGAGAGCAGCAUCUCACACAUGCAGAGCAACCACACACACUCUAAGUCCAGCCACACACACACUAAUACUGCUUACACACACACUGAGGAAGAACCCAGACCAGCGUCCAUCUGUGAACAGUCCAGCCACAACAGCAGGGCAGCUCCAGUUUUGAAAGCCGCGAGUGCCCAACCCUCUCCUCACUGUCUAAUCCUGAGCCAGAAUCAGCACAUAAGCAGCCAGCAAGACUCUGCCUCCUCCAGCCAAUCACACAUCAUGUCUGAGUGUAUAAGCAGUGGAAACAGUGCAGACAGUUCAAGUGAGACGUCUAUCGCUCUGCUUCAGCGCCAUAUUCACAGCCUCAAACAAGCAAUCAGGAGCUUCGAUGACUCCUUCCAGCACAACCACAACUACAAGGCUGGACACAGCGAUAAGACGGCUGAAUUUAAAGUGGCGAGUCUCAAGAUGGAUCUCUGCAAAGCCCGCAAGCAGCUCAAAGAGUUAAGAUCAAGACAGUGUGCAGAUGGACUGAAAAAGUCAUGCAGUUCAUCUGCUGUCCUGCAGGCGGUCAGUGUGCCUGAGGCUAAACCUGCACUGGAGGACACAGUGAAAACACUAACACAACAUCUUAAAGAAAAACGAAUGGAGCUAAACCUACCAGAUCGCGUACAGGACAUGUCUCUGGCUCAGCUGGCUCUGGAGAAGAUAACACUGCAGAAGAGUCUGCUUUACUACGAGAGUCUUCAUGGCAGACCGAGGUCCAGAGAGGAGCGGAGUGUGAUGAGAGAGCUGUAUGAUCGCUAUCGUUCAGUGAAGCAAGCAUUCUACACUUUAAACAAACACACCAGUACCACUGGAAAGGAUGCAGACUCAGACAUGUGUAUUCAGCAGCCACUUUGCAGCAUGGUUUCCAUGCCAGCACAAGAGGACAGUAAUCCUGCUUUCAUCUCCCGGCUGGAGGAGGAAAAGCAGCCAACAGCUCCGACAAAUAACACACAAGCAGUCAACAGGGCAGAGCUCCUGAGACAGCUGAGAGCAACGAGGGAAGAGAAGAGACGGAUGAGGAAGAUUCUGAAAGAGUACGAGGAGACGGUUCUCUUAAAGACUGGCAGGAGGGCACAGAAAGAGGACCGGGUGCCCAUGGCGGCAGAAUACGACCGCUACAAAACUCUGAAAGCCAGGCUGAAGUUGCUGAAAAGCAUGCUGGGAAAGACACACACUCAGAAAACAGCCAGGUGAGAGAGGUUUGAGUCACCUGCGGUGGAAAUCCUGUGCCACGCUAAAGACCAGAGCAUAUUGAUUUAUUACCUGGAAAAAUGAUAAAAUCAGCAGCAGCUGAUGUUUUGAUACAUAGUGCUGAAAUAUGGAUUUGAAAUUAUUUAUGAAAUAAAUCUGUUAUGUGAUAAAUAUGCCAUCUAAUUGAUGAAAAACAAAAUGAAAAAAUGGACCUUUGUAUCAAAAUUUCUCGUAAUUUUUUUUGUAACCAAAGCUUAAAUAUUUGCACGUCUCAGGUACAUAAGCUAUCAUUUCACAGUGACCACAACUGGUAGAGAGAGUAUUAAAACUGCACUCUCUCUAACCAAAUCCGAAUUUGAUAUGAAGGUGAGUUCUGGCGGUGCUGCAUAGAGUGCAGUUCUGCUACAGAUUGCCUGCUGUUAGCUUGGUGUUGCGGAAAUGCAGCAGUAGCUGUUAAAGACAAACUGCACAUUUAAUUGUUGUUUUUACUGUCAUGAGCUUUUUUCUGUGCAAUCCUGCUUAAUAAGCUGUCUUAUUUUUCUGUUUUCUAUCACCGAAAAAUAAAUGUUAUG